UUAUCAGCGGCCGGGAGGCCCCAGAGGCCACAGCUGGCUCCGGGCGGUGUUGGAGGCGCAGCUCCCUGCCCAGUCUUCCAGCCAUGGCCACGGCAGCAGCCCAGAAGUUCAGCCACCUACUGUCUAGCCUGUGGCAUGCUGGCCAGGAGUCUCUGCAGCCCAAGGCCGUUUUCACAGUGGACAGAGCCCAGGUGCCGCCCCUCUUCUGGAAGCCGUACGUCUAUGCGGGCUACCGGCCGCUGCAUCAGAGCUGGAGCUUUUACUUCCGCACGCUGUUCCAGCAACACAACGAGGCGGUGAACGUCUGGACACACCUGCUGGCCGCGCUGGGGCUGCUGCUGCGGCUAGCCAUCUUUGUGGGGACCGUGGACUUCUGGGGAGACCCACAUGCCCUGCCGCUCUUCAUCAUCGUCCUUACCUCCUUUACUUAUCUCUCCUUCAGCUCCCUGGCGCACCUCCUGCAGGCCAAGUCCGAGUUCUGGCAUUAUAGCUUCUUCUUCUUGGACUACGUGGGUGUGGCUGUGUACCAGUUUGGCAGUGCCCUGGUGCACUUCUAUUAUGCCAUUGAGCCGGCCUGGCACACGCAGAUACAGGGCAUUUUCCUGCCCACGGCUGCUUUUCUCGCCUGGCUUUCCUGCACUGGGUCCUGCUAUAACAAAUAUACACAGCAGCCCGGUCUGCUGGGCCGCAUUUGCCAGGAGGUACCCCAGGCACUGGCCUAUGCCCUGGACAUCAGCCCUGUGGUGCACCGCAUCCUGAUGUCUCCUCACCCUGCUGAUGACCCUGCUCUUCUCUACCACAAGUGCCAGGUGGUCUUCUUUCUGCUGGCUGCUGCCUUCUUCUCUACCGUCAUGCCUGAGCGCUGGUUCCCUGGCAGCUGCCACGUCUUUGGGCAGGGCCAUCAAGUUUUCCACGUCUUCCUGGUGCUAUGCACUCUGGCUCAGCUGGAAGCUGUGACACUGGAUUACGAGGCCCGGCGGCCCAUCUAUGAGCCCCUGCAUACCCGCUGUCCCCAAAAUUUUUUUGGCCUCUUUUUGCUCACCAUGGGCAGCAGUCUCCUCACCGCGUUCAUUCUCAGCCAGCUUGUACGACGCAAGCUCAAUCAGAAGACCAAGUGAGGGGGCAUGGCAGCUAAUAGGGAGGGUGGUGUAGUGGGGUCCAGGGUCUGGGGUCUGGGCCUAGCUCUAGAUAGGAACAAGACCUGGCAACCUUGUGUCUGACCUGCACUGACUCCCUGCACACAGCUCAACUGCCAGGGUGUUGCUGUUUAGUCCUUGGACUUGGGGACUAGCUGCUGAAGUUAACUUGGGGCCUGCCCAGCUCCUUUUCCAGAAGAAAAGAGUGAAGGCUGUGGGCCACUGUGGCUUGUUCCUUUCCUGCCUCAUGAAAGAAGAAGUCAGCUUGGCCUAGGACCCCAAUUCAGGGCUUUCAGGUUGCCUGGGUAGAAGGUGAAAAACAUAGGCCAGUCACAUUUGAGCUGGAAGAAAGGGAGGCCUCAGGAGGCCACUUCGACCCCGACUGCAUGAUGGAAGGGCGAGGGCAGGCGCAAAUACCGAUGGGAUCUUACAUUCCUUGAGCCUGUACUGCCAAGCUCUGGAGAGCCCAAAAAAGUAGAAGAUUGUGCCAGACAAUCCCAUUCAGUGCCCUGCAUCCCUGCAGUCACCACCCAGCAGCUAGCCCCCCAGUCUCCUAGGCCUGGCUUGUGUCCUACACAGCUGUUCCCAGGUUCUUUCCCAGUUUGCUUGUUCAUGAUUCAACUGUUUGUUCAGUGUUUCCUAGGCCAUGACUGGGCUCUGUGGAUCAGUGCAAGAUGACCAAACUUUCAAUACCAGCAUGAAACUACAUUGGGAAUAAUCUAUGCUGCCUGGGAUUUGGGGCUGAGUGGAAUGAAUAGGAGUUUGCAGACAGAUUAGGGUAGGGGAAACCUGUACAAAGGCCCAGAGGUACAGGGCUGGAGCCAGAGGUGGACUGGUCUCACCUACUGGAAUAUAAUAAAGUGACUGUGACAACUACUGAUUCUGUUUCCUGUCCCAG